AUGGUCGAACCAGAGGAAUCUGAAACUCCAGGGCAAUCUUCUGAAUCUCUAGAUGCUGGUGUGCUAAUGGAAGAAAUCGUUGACACCUUAAAACUCAUCAAUUACGAAGAAUCUUUUCUAUCUACCAAAGGCUUCAAACCUCUGACAAGGGCACAAUUUUCACUACCAGGGGCAAAUCCUUCAGAGCAGUUUAUUUAUUUUACAGCCUUAGCCAGCUGACUUUUACAAAUAAACGGUUCACAAGCCAGCUUCAAUAAAUACGAUGACCCAUCUACAGUUGCUAAUAGCAUUAUUGUCGAGAUGAAGAAGCUCGGCAUUGACUUAGACUUCCCGCCAGGCAAGCUAAGAGGAGGGCAUGGAGAAGGACCCUGCCUUGUCCUUUUGGCGCUAGCCAAAAAAGCAUUGCAAGCCAAAAAGUUUAAAUUUGGGAAGCCGAUUUUUCCUAACUCCCCCCCCCCUCCGUGAGCGAACAAAACCAUUAGAAAAAUCGCCAUUUUUUGACCAAAAACCCACCCUCCGUGAGUGAACAAAAAUUUGUUUAAUAGAAAAAAUUUUAAUGGAAAAAAAUUUUGAUAUAUAAGUGAUAAUUAGUAUAAUGAAAUCUAGAGCUAAUUCUGUUUAAUUUUAAACAAAUUGCGUUUUAAAACAUAAAUUUUGCAAAUUAAAUUAAUAUUUGCUUCCCAAUUUUUGCAAAUUAGGAUUUUUUUAAAUUUCGAAAAAAAUAUUUUUAUAAAAUUUAUAUAUAUAAAUUUUUUUUAAAAAAAAAAAAUUAACCCCCCUCCGUGAGCGAACAAAAUUUUUUUGUUCGCUCACGGAGGGGGGGGGGGAGUAAAGAAAAUGAAAUGGAAGGGGAAGUUAUAGAAGAUGAUGAAGAAGGAGAAAUCGUAGACGAGGCUAUACAAGAGGAAGAGGAAGAAGCAGUCUUUGCAGAGGUCGCAGCUGGGCAGCCAGUAAACCAAGCAGAAGAAGAAGGUCUUAAGCAUAACGCUCCUGUAUGGUCAUCGAUUGAUCCUAAUGAGUGGCUUCUUGAAGUAGAAAGGGUUGCUCCCCGUCUUAAGCUUCCAUUAGACCCUACAGGAGGCGAUAUUCGUGAAUGGAGGGCCCAUUUAGAACAAACAAAGCAGCUUAAAGAAAAUAUAGAAAAAGACCUCCCUGAUGUAGAGUUAAAACUUCGGAAAAUUGCUGACGACCUUUCUAAAGCAGUAGAGCGUAUAGGUUCGCAAGAAAAAAAAAUCAAUCUUUCUAUGGGAGAAAUCGCAGGGGACUAUAGAAAUCAAGCUAACCAAUUAAACGAGGUCACGACAAGAUACAAGCAAGCCAACGAAAACGUUGCAGAGCUUUCUUCACACUAUCAACAUCUUGGUGAGAAAAUUGAAGAAAUUCAACAAAAAAUAGAAACUCAGGGAAAAAUGGUUACUAAUAUUUCACCCCUUCAGGCUAUCAAAGAAGGAUUGAAAUUGCUAAAAGUUGAAGGAAAAGAUAUGGAGUUAAGGUCGGCGGUUUUAUCACAUGCACUAUUCCAGUCAAAACUGAAAGAAAAGUCUACGAAUGAUGCAUAA